AAUACCAUAGAAGAAGUAUACGGAAGUGAACAAUAACAAUACUUUCCACGUUCGGGUUUUGUUAUUUCUACGUAACACACUGGAACCAAAAAUAUGACAAAUGUCACUACAGAGCAUCAAAUAUUUACUUCAGGUAGUGUUUAGUUCACGUUGGAGACAAGACUUGGUUGAUAUAUGUUAUCUAGGUAAGUCUAGCUAGCUAGUUGUUGACGUUAGCUAGCAAUGGCUAACUGUAACGGUAUGGUUUUUCACACUCAAAUAACCUCCAUCAUGGAGGUUCUAGCAAAUGCAGCCGUGGCAGAGAUUUGUAAAGUCGUAGACGACGACUAUGCAGUAUUUCGUUUGGAAAUUUCUCAAAGCCAGAAAGAAAACAGGGCAUUGCGGAGGAAACUACAGCUCCUGGAACUAAAGGUGGCACGGGAACGCACAGAGAGGACAAUGCGAGAGCGCGUCCUCGCCAGUCGUGCCAGUACUUUCAACAUCCUCGACGGAUACAGAGGAAUGGCAAGAGGUGAAGGACAUCUCACUGGAGGCCACAGGAGCUUUGUGAAGCCAGCAGGACACAAUACAUGGAGAGAUGACAAACCAAUCACUGUUGAUGAGGGGAGGGGAACCUCAACCCAGCACAUUAUCAUGAUAGAGUCUGCAGAUGCAGAUGCUGCAGGUCCUGGGGUCAAGCAGGAGAUGACUGAAGAGGAGGACUCACAGCACAGCGGAGACGUCCAGACUGGUGCGGCAGGAGAGCCCCCUGCAGCCACGGAGGACCCCACAACCGCCCCAGUGCAGCCCAGGACCCAACGCAGUAUCAUGGAGGAGGAGGAGGGUCCAGAGGUGCUGCUGGUGAAGGAGGAGGGGUGUGAGAAGGGUCUGGGGAACCCUGAGGGGACCAUGGUCAUGGAGGACAACCAGACUACACCUCCUCCUGAACCCAGAGAGGAACCAGCUGAGCAGCACAGGACCACACACAGUCUCACUGAGUCAGUAGACAUGGAGGAUGGGAAACCUGAUCUGCUGCUGGUCAAAGAGGAGACAAUAGAGGAUGGACCAGAGAGCAUUGACCUGCUGAGUGGACUAAAGACGGGGGAGCAAGGUGAUUGGCUGGAGGCUAACAGUGGAGACUGGGUGACCAUAUUGGAUUCUCAGACCCAGACGGAUACAGCCAAGGGCCCAGGGAAUGACAUCAACAAGCUGGUCUGGACCAGAGGCGACAUAGUGGCGGCCAGUGGAUUGGACAGCGUCCUCAACUCUGGGCUAGGGAACAACAGUGUUCAACACAACCAGAAACCGACAGUUGAACACAAAACAUCCGAACUUAGUCUCCAUGACAACAGACUGGCUGACACCAGGGCGAGGCGUAGAUUUGGUCCGCGGGGACGGGAAGGUGUCCAUAUGAGAACAGACAUAGACUUGGCUAGCUAUUCUCCGUCCUGCUCCUAUAGUUGUGAUUCAGAAAGACAGAUGGCACCUCAGCUUAACCACCUAACAGGUGCUGCCUUCAGCCUGCAUUCUAUAGGAUCUAUCAACUGGAACAUGGACCCUGCGACAACACCGACACUCCCUGGCCUUCAUCCUCCUCACACUCUCCUGUUAAACCAGACCUCAGACAAUGCCAGUGCCUCAACACUAAAUGGCAACACAAGCCCAUUGACAAAUGACAGUAGUAGUAAUGCUAUCAGUAGAUCCAGUGGCAAAGAGAAGCGCUUCCCGUGUUCGUUCUGUGGGAAAGCCUUCAGUUUCCCCAAACAGAUGGAGAUCCACCAGAGGAUGCACACGGGGGAGAAACCAUUUGGCUGCCAGCUGUGCCGGGCUAGUUUCUCUCAAUCCUCCAACCUGAAGAGGCACCAGAGAAUCCACCAGAGGUUCCACACGGGGGAGAAACCCUUCAGUUGUACCCAGUGUCACAUGCACUUUGCCCAGGCUGGUGACCUGAAGAGGCACCAGAGGAUCCACACAGGGGAGAAACCCUACAGCUGCCCCCAGUGUGAGAAGAGGUUCUCUCGCCAGGACCACCUGAAGAUGCACCUGAAGGUCCACACGGGAGAGAAGCCAUUCGCCUGUACGCACUGCGGGAAAAGGUUCUCAGAGAGGAGCUACCUCAGGAUACACCAGGAGAAAAACCAUUCCACUCUAUAACAUAGAAAGUAACCAUUCCACUCGAUAAUUUCUGACCUUUAGCUCAAACUCUGCAUUAAAGACAGAUGCAUUUUCAUUGUUGUCUGCAGAUAGAUUUCAGCGUUGAAUAUUCCAGGGUAGAAUAUUGCAUACAGACAUUGUGUGAUAGAGACAGCAUAUUUACACAGCGUACAAAACAUUAGGAACACCUGCUCUUUCCAUAACAGACUGACCAGGUGAAAACUAUGAUCCCUUAUUGAUGUCACUUGCUGAUCCCCUUCAAUCAGAGUAGAUGAAGGGGAGGAGACAGGGUAAUUAAUGAUUUUCAAGUCUUGAGACAAUUGAGACAUGGAUUGUGUGCCACUGCCAUUCAGAGGGUGAAUGGGCAAGACAAAAGAUUUAAGUGCCUUUGAACGGGGUAUGGUAGUAGGUGCCAAGCGCACUGUUUUGUGUCAAGAACUGCAACGCUGCUGGGUUAUUCACACUCAACAGUUUCCAAUGUCUAUCAAGAAUUAUCCACCACCCAAAGGACAUCUAGUCAACUUGAUACAACUGUGGGAAGCAUUGAAGUCAGCAUAGGCCAGCAUCCCUGUGGAAUGCUUUCGACAUCUUGGAGAGUCCAAAAGGGGGUGCAACUCAAUAUUAGGAAGGUGUUCCUAAUGUUUUGGACACUCAGUGUAUGUUAAUGUCAUUAUUUGGCAACAGUUACAUCACACGUAUCUGAUUCAAUUAAAAUGAGUUUGUCAAUGACAUGUUUGUUCUACAUUGUAUACAGUGAGCUCCAAAAGUAUGGGGACAGUGACACAUUUUGUGUUGGUCUGGCUCUGUAAUCCAGCACUUUGGAUUUGAAAUGAUACAAUGUCUGAGGUUUAAGUGCAGACUGUCACCUUUAAUUUGAGGGUAUUUUCAUCCAUACCGAGGGAAAGGUUUAGAAAUUACAGCACUUUUUGUACAUAGCCCUCCCAUUUUAUGGGACCAACGUAUUGGUACAAAUUCACUUAGUUAAAGUCGGAAGUUUACAUACACUUAGGUUGGAGUCAUUAAAACAUUUUUUUCAACCACUCCACACAUUUCUUGUUAACUAUAGUUUUAGCAAGUAGGUAGGACAUCUACUUUGUGCAUGACAAGUAAUUUUUCCAACAAUUGUUUACAGACAGAUUAUUUCACUGUAUCACAAUUCUAGUGGGUCAGAAGUUUACAUACACUAAGUUGACUGUGCCUUUUAACAGCUUGGAAAAUUCCAGAAAAUUAUGUCAUGGCUUUAGAAAAUUCUGAUAGGCUAAUUGACGUCAAUUGGAGGUGUAUCUGUGGAUGCACCUUCAAACUCAGUGCCUCAUUGCUUGACAUCAUGGGAAAAUCAAAAGAAAUCAGCCAAGACCUCAGAAUAAAAAUUGUUGACCUCCACAAGUCUGGUUCAUCCUUGGGAGCAAUUUCCAAAUGCCUGAAGGUACCACGUUCAUCUGUACAAACAAUAGUACGCAAGUAUAAACACCAUGGGACCACGCAGCCGUCAUACCGCUCAGGAAGGAGACUCGUUCUGUCUCCUAGAGAUGAACGUACUUUGGUGCGAAAAGUGCUAAUCAAUCCCAGAACAACAGCAAAAGACCUUAUGAAGAUGCUGGAGGAAACCGGUACAAAAGUAUCUAUAUCCACAGUAAAAUGAGUCCUAUAUCGACAUAACCUGAAAGGCCGCUCAGCAAGGAAGAAGCCACGGCUCCAAAACCGCCAUAAAAAUCCAGACUACGGUUUGCAACUGCACAUGGGGACAAAGAUAAUAUUUUUGGGAGAAAUGUCCUCUGGUCUGAUGAAACAAAAAUAGAACUGUUUGGCCAUAAUGACCAUCGUUAUGUUUGGAGGAAAAAGGGGGAAGCGUGCAAGCCGAAGAACACCAUCCCAACCGUGAAGCACGGGGGUGGCAGCAUCAUGUUGUGGGGGUGCGUUUCUGUAGGAGGGACUGGUGCACUUCACAAAAUAGAUGACAUCAUGAGACAAUUAUGUGGAUAUAUUGAAGCAACAUCUCAAGACAUCAGUCAGGAAGUUAAAGCUUGGUCGCAAAUGGGUCUUCCAAAUGGACAAUGACCCCAAGCAUACUUCCAAAGUUGUGGCAAAAUGGCUUAAGGACAACAAAGUCAAGGUAUUGGAGUGACCAUCACAAAGCCCUGACUUCAAUCCCACAGGAUAAUUUGUGGGCAGAACUGAAAAAGCAUGUUUCCAGCAAGGAGGCACACAAACCUGACUCGGUUACACCAGCUAUGUCAGGAGGAAUGGGACAAAAUUAACCCAACUUAUUGUGGGAAGCUUGUGGAAGGCUACCCAAAACGUUUGACCCAAGUUAAACAAUUUAAAGGCAAUGCUACCAAAUACUAAUUGAGUGUAUGUAAACUUCUGACCCACUGGGAAUGUGAUGAAAUAAAUAAAAGAUUUCUCCACUAUUAUUCUGACAUUUUACAUUAUUAAAAUAAAGUGGUGAUCCUAA